UGUUUAUUUACAAAAAAUCAAAUAUGAUUUUUAAAAUUUAGUAAUACUAAGAUUUAUAAAUUAAAAUUGAUACGCCAGCAAUGGUGCUUAAUAUCUUGGACUUCUUAAACCUUUUUCACUAACAGUGAAAUAUAAACAAUAAAAAAAUGUCGAACUUAGUAGCUACUUUUGUAGCGGGCCUAAAGUCUCGAAUUGUUGAUGUUCAAAUAAAAACUGCUAGGGAACUAUACCAUUAUGCCAAAACUGAGCUGCGGGAAGUACCACAAGAGGAGCUCACUCAGUUCCUUGAUGAAUUCAAUCACCAAAUUUUUGAAAUGGUAUCAAGCAAUGAUGUACACGAGAAAAAAGGAGGAGUAUUGGCUAUAGUGUGUCUAAUUGGAGGUGAUUGUGAUACAACAAAAACUAGAAUAACUAGAUUUGCAAACUACCUGAGGAACUUGUUACCCUCUUCUGAUGUAAGUGUUAUGGAACUUGCUGCUAAAACUGUUGGUCGCCUUGCAACCGUUUCUGGUGUGAAAAGAUCUGAAUAUGUAGAUUUUGAAGUAAAGAGGGCUUUUGAAUGGUUAUCAGAAGAAAGAAAUGAAGGUAGGCGGCAUUCUGCUGUUUUGUUGUUAAAGGAACUGGCAAUAGCAAUGCCAACAUAUUUCUAUCAACAAGUUUCCGGCUUCUUUGACCACAUUCUUGUUGCUUUGAAAGAUCCCAAGCAACAGAUAAGAGAAGCUGCCGCAAAAGCUCUUCGAGCUGGUUUAGUGGUUACAGCUCAGAGAGAAACAGCUAAACAAUCGACAGCUAAACCGCAAUGGUAUAUGCAAUGUUAUGAAGAGGCAAUGCAGUCCUUUGAUGAUGUCCCUAUUAAGGAAAAGGGUAUGACAAAAGAAGAUCGGGUCCAUGGAGGGCUUUUGAUACUUAAUGAGCUCCUGCGCUGCUCAAAUGCUGCUUGGGAAAGGAAAUAUACACAUUUGAUGAGGAGUCUUGACACACAGAAAGAUAUAACUGUAUCAGAUGAUAUUAUAUUCAUAAGCACUAAGUUACACAGCCCAUCAGUUAAAAGAGGAUACUUGUGUGAUGGAUUUAAGACUGAAAAUGUACAAUAUCCUGUUCCCAUUUAUGAGUCAGAAGUAGGUAAAAAGCUUUUGAUGGAAAAAAUCGAAAGAAUUUGUCAUGAUGUGAUGGCUCAAAGAUUACUGAAGAUACAAGGUGUACCUCAAGUUUUACUCAUUAUUAUACCAAGACUGGCUGCAUUUAAUAAAGAGUUAUUUAUAAAGAAAUAUUUAAAUUCGACAAUUCAUUAUUUAUUGUCGUCUAUCAGGAGCAGGGACAAGGAUAGAAAUAUGGCUUUUACAACUCUAGGUUUAUUGGCAGCAGCCUUAGAGGGUGAAAUAAGAAAUUUUAUUCCCAGAAUAAUGGAUGUUAUAAAGCAAGCUUUGCCAGUCAGAGAUACCCAAACCAAAAAAAGAAUUUGGAUUGAUCCAUCCAUUUUUGCUUGCAUAACUUUGCUGAGUAGUGCUGUCAAAGAUCUUGUUGUAAGUGAUAUAAAAGAGUUAUUAGACUCGAUGUUUGCUACUGGCUUAAGUGCGCCAUUGACCAUUUGUUUAAAAGAGUUAAGUCAAAAUUUACCAUCACUAAGAGCAGAAAUUUCAGAAGGUCUUCUGAAUAUGUUAUCAUUAGUAUUGAGAAGCAAACAUUUUCUGCAUCCAGGCGUUCCUAGAAGCUUGGAACAGCAAAUGAACAAUAUGAGUCUGGUUGUAGAACUUCAAGACACAGCUACCAUUGUGCUGGCUCUGAGAACGCUUGGUACAUUUAACUUUGAUGGUCAGCACAAUUUGUUAAUGUUCGUCCGCAGAUGUGCAGACCAUUUUCUUCAAAGUGAGCAUCAAGAAAUUAGAGUAGAGGCGGUCAAAACUUCGGCCAAACUCUUAGCUGAUUCCGCUAGGAGAACCAGAAAAACGCCAUCCAAAACACUUGCAGUAUUAACAGCUGAAGUGGUCGCUAAGAUGCUUGUAGUAUCUGUAACAGAUCCUGACUAUGAGCUUAGGUACUGGGUACUCGAAUCAUUAACAGACGUGUUUGACACACAUCUAGCACAAAUAGAAAACCUUAGCUUUCUCUUUAUAGCUAUGAAUGAUGAGCAUCUCGAAAUUCGUGAAUUAGCUGUUUGUACAAUUGGUAGAUUGAGCACUGUUAACCCAGCAUAUGUAAUGCCUGGGCUUCGUAAAACUUUGAUACAGUUUCUAACUGAAUUAGAACACUCGGGGAUGAGUCGAAACAAGGAACAAGCAGCGCGGAUGCUGGAUAAUCUAAUUUUGCACGCACCUAAGCUUGUUGAACCUUAUAUGGAAACAAUUCUAAACGUACUGGUGCCAAAGUUAAAAGAGCCAGAUGUAAAUCCAGGCGUAGUUAUCAGUGUUUUGAAAGUAAUUGGUGACUUGGCUGAUGUUCACGGUGAUAAUACAGGUCUAAAAAAAUGCUUACCGGAACUACUAGGACUGCUUUUAGAAUUACUUUCUGACGCAACUCCAACAGAAAAGCGAAGCGUCGCCUUAUGGGCCUUUGGUCAGUUAAUAGGCGCGACGGGAUACGUCGUUACUCCGUAUACUGAAUACCCUAAUCUUAUGGAUGUGCUUUUAAACUUUCUGAAAACAGAACAACAUCCGCAGGAUAGACGGGAGACAAUAAGGGUCUUGGGAUUGCUUGGAGCAUUAGAUCCAUAUAAACACAAGGUCACGAGGGGAUUGAUUGGCGGUAAACCGGAUUCCAGCUUAGUUCCUGUCGCUGAUAGCAAAGCGGAAGAAAACAAUUUUGACAUGACAACAAGUGAAAUGCUGGUUAAUAUGUCCUCCUCCCUAUUGGACGAAUACUAUCCAGCCGUUGUUAUAUCUACGCUUAUGCGCAUACUCCGUGAUACGACACUUCAGCAACACCAUAAAAGUGUUGUUCAAGCAGUUACAGUCAUAUUCCAAUCGCUUGGAAUAAAAUGUGUGCCAUACAUUUCUCGGGUAACACCAAGUCUCCUCUAUGCUGCUAGGGCAACUGAUAACAACAAUUUCCGCGAAUUUCUUUUCACCCAACUGGCACAACUGAUUGCAAUUGUGAAGCAGCACAUUCGGAAUUAUUUGGACAAAAUUUUCGAUCUUAUUAAGGAGUUCUGGACUCCGAAUAGUCCAUUACAACCAACAUUGAUAUUAUUAAUAGAACACAUAGCGGUUGCCCUCGGCUCUGAAUUCAAGGUUUAUCUCCCUCAGCUAAUGCCACAAUUAUUAAGAGUCUUGGCUCACGAUACCAGUACAGAUAGGUUUGUUACAGAGACAUUGUUGUAUGCGAUACAAAAAUUUGGGGAUAACCUAGAUGAUUAUAUGCAUUUGGUGAUUCCGGCGAUAGUAAAGCUAUUCGAUGCGAAUGAUUGCCCAGUAAAAGUGGCUAAAGUUGCGAUGGAGACGGUAGAUUAUCUUUCCGAUUCGUUGAACUAUAGUGAGCUGGUCUCCCGAAUAAUUCAUCCGAUUGUACGGAGUUUGGACACUAAUUACGCUUUGCGACCAACAGCCAUGGACACCCUGUGCGCAUUGAUCGCGCAGUUGGGACGGAAAUACAUUGACUUCAUACCUCUUGUCCAAAAAGUCUUGACUAAGCACAAAAUUCAACAUCACAAUUAUGAAACCCUGGUAGCAAAGUUGCAGACGACACAAACUUUGGAGUUUGAUGAGUUCUUACAAAGCUUUAGACUUAGACCAUGGAAUAAUAAUCAAGAGGCUCGUAUCGUUGUUUGCGACACCUCUCAAUCAAUCCGCAAACUGGCCGUUAACGCACACAGUCUGAAAGAGGUGUGGACAGUUAGCAGUCGUGUGUCAAAGGAUGAUUGGUUGGAUUGGCUCAGAAGAUUCAGUAUUGAACUACUUACAUGGUCGCACAGUCCUGCGCUUCGAGCAUGUCUUACGUUAGCCCAUAACUACUCUCAGCUACUCCGUGACCUAUUCAACGCCGCGUUUGUAUCAUGUUGGACCGAGCUUGAUAGCAGGUCACGCACAGAGUUAUCGAAUGCUCUAGAACAAGCUCUAACUGCCCCCGAUGCGGCCGAGUUAGCCCACACUGUCCUGAAUCUGGCCGAGUUUAUGGAGCAUUGUGAUGGAGGCACUCUGCCGAUUUCUACCCACCUUCUUGGUGAAAGAGCUAUGCAUUGCAGAGCUUAUGCGAAGGCAUUGCAUUACAAGGAAGAAGAAUUUCGGAAUGGUGCAACUUCUCAGGUAGUUGAAGCCUUAAUUCAUAUAAAUAAUAAGCUACAGCAGAAAGAAGCAGCAGAGGGUUUACUCGAGAGGGUCAUGACACAAAGAGAAGCGGGCGACACCAGUCUCAAAGUUCAAAUAAGAUGGUAUGAGAAGUUGCAUAACUGGGAAAAGGCACUUAAUUUGUAUGGGGAGAAAUUAUGUACAGAACCAGAAAAUGUUGAAGCAAGCCUAGGACAACUCCGAUGUUUUGAAGCUCUAGGUGAAUGGACAAAAUUGUAUGACAAAGUUUCUAAUACUUGGACUAAAAUGGCUGAUGAAGAUAAAUUCAAAACGGCGAGAUUAGCAGCCGCUGCAGCUUGGGGUCUUAACGAGUGGGAAUCAAUGGGGAAUUAUGUUAACUUCUUACCUGAGAACACACAAGACGGUGCCUUCUAUAGAGCUGUUAUAAAUAUCCACAAAGAGGACUACAAAGAAUCGAAAUUGUACAUAAACCAAGCUCGGACACUAUUGGAUUCUGAACUCACAGCUGUAGCAGGAGAGAGUUAUCAAAGAGCUUAUGGAGCUCUUGUUAAUGCCCAAUUACUAGCAGAGUUGGAAGAAGUUAUGACGUACAAACUAGUACCAGAGCGAAGAGAAUCCAUUCAACAAGCUUGGUGGACCAGACUUCAAGGAGGGCAGAGGCUUGUUGAAGAUUGGAGCAAAAUACUGCAAGUACGAGGACUAGUGCUUACUCCCAAAGAAGACAUGGCGACUUGGCUUAAAUUUGCUUCUUUGUGUAGAAAAAGUGGGGCUCCUCGACAAGCGCAUAAAACCUUGGUGAUGCUUCUAGGAAUAGAUCCCAGUGCAAAUAGAGACAAGCCUUUACCCACUCAUGAGCCACGGCUAACGUUAGCAUACGCUAAACAUUUGUGGGUCGCGGGUGAUAAACAAUUGGCAUACGACCAACUGCAGCGCUAUGUGGACAACGUUGAAAGCAGGGAGCAUUGCAGGUUACUUGCAAGAUCACACCUAAAACUUGGGUCUUGGUGUGAAUCUCUGCUCGGCAUCAACAAGACCUCGAUUCCGACAAUUCUGCACAACUAUAAAGCCGCUACACAGCUUUCAUCAGACUGGUACAAGGCAUGGCAUGCGUGGGCGUAUAUGAAUUUUGAAACUGUCCUUUUUUACAAGCACCAAGAGGCGGAUUCUUCAUCCACAUCUGACGACCUUAAAUCUGCGACUGAUUACAUUCAAACAUACACCGUUCCAGCGGUGGAAGGUUUCUUUAAAUCGAUUAAUCUAUCUCACGGCAGUUCGCUCCAGGACACAUUGAGGCUGUUAACAUUGUGGUUUGAUUACGGACACCAUCCAGCAGUGCACGAAGCGCUCGUUGAAGGUAUAAGAACGAUCGAGAUCAAUGUAUGGCUUCAGGUCAUACCUCAACUCAUAGCUAGGAUUGAUACUCCCAGAGCUCUAGUGGGGAAGCUUAUACAUUCUCUACUGAUUGAUAUAGGGAAAUACCACCCACAAGCACUGGUAUAUCCAUUGACAGUGGCUUCUAAAUCGUCCUUUGUGGAUCGCAAGAAUGCUGCUAAUCAAGUUCUGAAGUCAAUUUGCACGCAUUCAAGCAACCUGGUCAGUCAGGCGGCAAUGAUAUCCGAGGAGCUAAUCAGGGUCGCUAUACUUUGGCACGAGCAGUGGCAUGAAGCGUUGGAAGAAGCAUCGCGGCUGUACUUCAGCGAACAUGAUGCUAAGGCAAUGUUUAAGACGCUGGAGCCACUACACGCUAUGCUGGAACGUGGCCCGCAAACGCUGAAAGAAAAUUCGUUCACGCUGGCUUACGGCAGAGACCUGAAUGAUGCGCAGGAGUGGUGUAAUCGGUUCAAGGAAUCUGGCCAAGUACGGGACUUGAACCAAGCAUGGGACCUUUACUACCAUGUCUUCCGACGGAUCAGCCGCCAGAUGCCGCAGCUCACUAGCUUGGAACUUCAAUACGUGAGCCCUCGUCUACUCAGCUGCCGUGACUUGGAGCUGGCCGUUCCUGGCUCCUACGUGCCUGACCAAGAACUGAUCCGCAUUGCUCAUAUACAGAGCAGUCUGCAGGUGAUCACAUCAAAGCAACGCCCUCGCAGGCUUUGCAUACGCGGUUCCAACGGAAAAGACUACAUGUUCCUAUUGAAAGGCCACGAAGACCUUCGGCAGGACGAACGAGUGAUGCAACUCUUCGGUCUCGUCAAUACAUUGCUGCAAGCCGACCCAGACACGUUUAGAAGGGACCUGGCCAUCCAAAGAUAUGCUGUGAUACCCUUAUCUACUAAUUCUGGCCUGAUUGGUUGGGUGCCUCACUGUGACACGCUGCACACGCUGAUUCGGGACUAUCGGGAGAAGAGGAAGAUCUUGAUUAAUAUCGAGCACAGGAUCAUGCAGAGGAUGGCGUCUGAUUUGGAGAAGCUGAUGCUGAUGCAAAAGGUGGAAGUAUUUGAGCACGCUUUAGAGCAUACGGCUGGCGACGAUCUCGCCAAGUUACUGUGGCUCAAGAGUCCUUCAUCGGAGGUGUGGUUCGAACGCCGCACCAACUACACCCGGUCCCUGGCAGUGAUGAGCAUGGUCGGCUACAUCCUGGGCCUGGGAGACAGACAUCCGUCGAACAUCAUGCUGGACAGAGUGACAGGAAAAUUCCUGCACAUUGACUUCGGCGACUGUUUCGAAGUGGCAGUGACCAGGGAUAAGUUCCCGGAGAAGAUACCUUUCAGAUUGACCAGAAUGCUUAUUAACGCUAUGGAGGUAACCGGAAUUGAGGGUACAUACAGACGCACAUGCGAAUCAGUCAUGGAAGUGCUUCAUCGUCACAAAGACAGCGUAAUGGCCGUGCUGGAAGCCUUCGUGUACGACCCAUUACUUAACUGGAGACUCAUCGACGCUGCCCGCAGGUCGAGGACCGACGAGCCGGCAACUGACUCGCCUCAGCCCAGCAAAAGUAGAGUGAACGAGAGCAUAGACCAGCCCGCGGAAGCGAAUCUCAACAAGCGCGCUCUGGCCAUAGUGAAUAGAGUUCGAGACAAGCUGACAGGAAGGGACUUCCCCCAUAUUGAUGAUAACUGUGUCACAGUGCAGCAACAAGUUGAUCUGUUAAUCCAACAGGCCACGAGUAACGAGAAUCUUUGUCAGUGCUACGUGGGGUGGUGUCCAUUUUGGUAAUUUGGAUUAAGUUUGCUUCCAUUUUGUUGAUUACAAGUAUCAUAUGCAUCAUAGGUAAGUUGAUGUGAAAGUGGUGUAUCAUCAGAAGAAUAUACGGUAAUGGUGUGUGGAAAAAUUAAGGUAAGUCAUAGGACAAAGUUUCAUUUUAACUUUGGCUUACUGCUCAAUGGGUUAAAUAGGAAGACGAUCUAUGGCGAAGGAGUACGCCAAGAGAUUUUUUUAAUGAUUAUUUAUAAUUUUCAUCAAAUUACAGAUGUGUAUCUCAAUAACUAACUUUGAGACGUGUUAUUGUCGCAGAUUUAUCCACUAAUGUAUGUUAUAGUCUUAUACCAUAAGACCUUGUCCACAUAUACGGAACAACAGCGAACGAAAAAUAGAUAUAUAGGUAGGUCUCCCGUCCCUUAUACAACAUAUUUGUAUCUGUACUAUGUCUUUAUGGUACAUAUAUUUUUUUUCAUAAUCAUGUCUUAUUGAGAGCCUAACAUAAUUAAAAAUUUUGAUCUGCCCGUGUUUGCCUCUCUCGGAUAAAAUGAGGUAACAAAUGGAUGUUCUUACAAACCAAUUUCAAUUCGAUUACAUAAGUCUAAAUUUAACGUCGCAUCUUCAUCAAACUUACCACACACAGCCUUUAGCAAUAAAUAUACUUGCAUGGCACUUUUUCUUUUCCUUCCGCUUUUUGAUCAUAUCUUCUAAUACUUUUUUUGUAUAAGGCAAUGUAAGACAGUAAUAAUCGCUGCUUUUCCUUGUUUACACGCGAAAGCAUUUGUUACUUGAAUGAAAGGUUUGAUAUCCCAUACCCACUCAAGCCGAAUUGAAUCAAAUAUUAACCUUUAAAAAUGUAUAUCCUACCAACAAUUAUGAAUGACUUUAUAUGUUUGUGUACAGAAUAAACACGUUCUAAAUAAAUUUAAAAGCUUUAAGAAAAACUGUUUUGUCUGCUACAAAUAAAAGUUGUGUUUCAGUGAUGUCUUUAACUUUAAAUUAUGAUGUAGACGCUUAUAAUCUUAAGUCUCCAAAAAAUCUUGAGAUGUUAAUUGGUUUAUAAUUUAAGGCUUUUGUCCGCCACCCGGUUUUAACCGCCUUCCCAUAUCUCGAUAAAUUAUUAUCUGAAUUGAUUUCUGAAAUAAUGCCAUUAUACCAAAAUAAAUGAUUUUAAAGAUUUACUUUUACAAGUUCCUUUUUAUAACGCUGAUAAAUCGUUAAGUUACUUGGCAUUUUUGCUUUUGAACGUCAAACUCCGGUUGGAAUCUUUGACGUUCGCAAGGAAUAUGGACCCUUUUAGACCGGGUUAACAUAUAACAAAUAUACGACGAAAGUAAGCUAUGGAAAGCGUAUUUGUAGCGAGUGUAUGAGAGAGCAGAGAGAUUUUUAUCUAGCUUUCGUUCGCCGUCCUUCUUUAUAUGUGGACAAGACUUAAAUAAAUGUUGUAUUUCAUCUGAUCAAUUGGCACGGCAGAGUAAACCAAUUCCGAGGAAAGCUCGAUUGAUAUGACUAAUUACUAAUAUGUAACAAUUGAUACUUAGUAUUUAUAUGUAUAACUAAUUUUAUAUGAAUAAAAUAAUAAUUAUUAUUAUUAUAUACAGCGUGGUGCAAUGGCGAUAGUAAAUAAACACACAGGUACGUACUCAUAAGAAUAAAUUAAAAAAUAAACCAAAGUAAAUAAAUUAUCCAUAAUAUAAUUUCGGCACAACCUGUAAGUAUUCUAGUAGCGGUGCACUAGCGUUUUUAAUGACUGUCAUCUUGAGCGACCACAUAAGGGUGAUUAAAAUUAUGUUUCCUAAAUUUAGUUUGUUUGAAAGUUUCAAUUACUUACUUAAUUUUUUUAUGAUUUAAGGAUAUAGCAGAUCUACCCCAUGUUCAUUUAAUGUCACUAUUUUAGCGCCAUGAUGUAUUUAAAAUUAGAAUAAUUUGUUUUUGUUUCAUGCAUUUGCACUACAGAUAAUCUGAAAAUUUCAGAUUAUUAUAGUAGAGUGUGCAAAAGGCGGAGUUCACUUGAUAGUAAAAGGUUACCGCCGCCCAAACUCUUGAAAGAGCUAAGAAGUAGUCGGUAGAGGAAAAAAUAAAUAAAGUUAUUAAUUUAUUUAAUAUUAUUUGUACUCAUAAGCAGUUUCUGUCAGACGUUAUUGCCAAAUAAAUCGAUAUUUUUUUUGUUAGGGCCCCGGGCUAAAGCUUAAAAUAUCUCAUAUAAAUCCACCCCUGCCUAAUACCGUUGCAGAAUUCGAGCGCUGUGACAUAUUAUAUCAAAGACUUAGUUACGGCUUUAGUAUACUAUUUUGUAUAAAAUUGUUAUUUAUUAUUAGUUAUAGUCCAUGACUAAUAAAUUUGUGACUUAAUUUUAAUAAAUUGAAGCUCAGAUAACAUUCUGAACUGUGACAGAACUAAGAUACCUUGGGGUAUAAUUUAUUUCGUAAUAUGUAUGGGUAUAAUGAAUUCAUAUUAAUAAGUAAUGAUAGCUGUUAAGAUAGUUUUAGAAUAAAUUGUUGAAUAUAGUGUACCUAAUUUGCGUAUUGAUAUAUUUUUUUGGUAAUUUAAGUUAACUUUGCUAAUGUCAAACACUCCCUGCCCGCGUCCUGAGACAGGCGCUGCCACUUUUUUGUUUUUACAUGUUUUUAACAAAAAAAAAAUAAUUAUUGAAGUAGGCGUUACUUUACGGAAAUCCAUAAUUAUCCAAAUGAUUUGAGUAUUCUUUAGUGUUAAUUCCGCUAAUAUUUGUCUUUAAACAAUUCGACACGUGUUUCACCUCUACACGAGGUAUCCUCAGGACGUGUUGUCUCGCCAAAAUCUGUAAAGAAAACUUAAAUCAUUUGGAUACAUGUUUUUAACAUCAACAUAAGCAGACAUAAGUGUGACAAGGUCCCGUCCCUGUUUCAACGCGCAGGGAUUAUACGGGCGAACAUUUAAUCUCUAAAUAUUAAAGAGAUACAACUUCAUUGGCAGAAAUAUUGUAUUUGUAUGUAAAAGUGCAGCGAGUGUUUGAUAUUAGCAGAUAUAAUCGUUUGUAAAUCUUCAUAAUUUUGUUCGAAACGAACAUUUAAUAUUCCUAUAGUGCUAUAAAAGUUAUAGUGCGCAAAAAGUCAUUGUCAUUAUUGCCUUAUUAAAUAAAAUAUAAUCAUAUUGCGGUA